AUAGCUGUGGUAGCUGGUAUGGUGCUUAAAAAAAAAAAAAAAACAGUCAUUGGUCUCAUGACAGUAGCUUCAUUGAUAGUGUAAUACAAGUCACAUGACAUGUUUCCUAAUGCAUUAAUAAGCUAAACCCGUUUUGCUGUAUAACUGUGUUAUACACACUCAUCUGUUAAAUAAUGUGGCUUGGGUUUCAUCCAGAGAUGAAAACAGACCGGUAAAUAAUUCAUGCUAAGGUGUGGUUUGGUCAGAGUCUCGCGAUGAUUGGAGACGCGGGAUGAGAACUGUGAAGGCGCAGCCACAGCUCGUUCUGGGAAAACCCUCAGAUUCCAGUCAUUGUUGUCAUUCUUGCCGCCGUGCCGUCCGGGCUUGUCUGAGCAUCAACUCUAUGGAGGCCUGUCCAAACCUAGCGCUUCCUCUACUCUCACCCGCCGCUCUGUCAGCUGCUGACACACAGCUGCUUAGCUUCAAACGCUGUACAGACUCUCUGUAGCUUCCCCGUGUGCUGUUACGUUAGUGUAGGAAAGCCUAUCAAUACUGCGGUCUGAGAAUUCCUCCGUUAGAUGUUGAUCAUUGAAUAUACCACAGCUGUACAGGCUUUGUGAUGAUUGUUAUUAAUUUUGCAUUUUGAAUUGAGAGAAGCCAAAUGCUUUCCUUAACAAUGACAAAAGGGACAGAGACACAAACUGAAAAUGGAAGACUUGCUGGUUAUCUGUGCAUGGGUUAGUUUUGCUUUCUCUUGGGUGUGGGUUUUAGUGGAGAUGGGGCUUUUUACAGGAGUUCAGAUGGACAGUGAUCUGCCGCUGCUUUUACACAUAAACACACAAAUACAUACAAAAUUUCCAUCUGCUUCUGCUGUUGUUCACCGGGUUGUACAGUGAUUUUAGACAGUAGAGUCCCACAGUCUGAGACACUGAAUUUUUUUUUUAUUUAACCGGUUUUAUUAAAGAGUUGUGGCAUAAAAUAAAGAAAAAAUAUGUUAUAUUAAUAUUAUUUAUGUUUGUGCUACAAUUUCCAAAUGAACAAAGUUAAAUAGAAAUUCAUUUUAUUAUUAUUAUUUUUUUUUACUCAGUUGUUUUUUGAAAUGAAAAGGUCAUGUAUUAAGGUAACACAAAUAAUAUUUGGGAGUUUAAUUACAUUUCCAAUUAUUUAUACUAGCUCCUGCUUAUACCUCAGUAUCUUCAAGAUAUUCAUCAGUGAGACCUUUGUGAAACGUUUUGCGGAACACUGUACUAUGGCACAGUAACCCAAUUGUGUAAAGUACAGCAUUGCUGGCAUUUUAUCUUGUCAGUCAUUGUUUCUCUAGACAAAGGCCCUGUGCAUCAGGAACUUCAGGUAUGAGAUGAAUGGAGCAUGUGGUGCGUUGAGUCUCAGGAAGUGAGGCCACGCUGGCCUGAGGCUGUAGGUCAUGUGACAUGGCGAGCAGGCAUGAGCAGAAACUGAGCUCUGGCAUGCCAUGACAUGCCCAAAUCCCACUGCACACGAGACCGUAUGACUCCAAACGCCUGUCCAUUCACUGUGUUUGUUGUGUUUGCUAAUUUGUUGAUUUCCUUAGUAUUGUUGAAGUUAAACAUGGUUUAACACAUUUUACAAUGUUAAAUUCAAUCAAAUUUCCUCUGAAAACAUGUGGGAAGUCGACAGAUUCCAUUCAAGCAUGAACAACAUUGUCAGUGUUAUUCAUCAGCAUUGUUAUGCAGGUUUCGGUGAAUAAGGAAGUUUUCAUGUAGCACGAGUCCUUGUUUCUGUUCAGCUGCUGCCAGGAAAGUAGGUGACAGAUAAUAGAGAGAUGCGUGUCUCUUUUUCCUGUUGCAUUUUUUCAGUCAAGUUCUCGGCAGUCGCUUUGCUUCAUCAAAACGAGUGUGCUUAUGCAACAGCGCUUUUGUAAACUGCCUGUCGAAAGUUCACGUCCAGAUCCUCCUCGGAAAAAGUAUCUCUGAAACCAACGUUUAUUUUCUUUAAGUCUGUCUGUGUAAAUGUUAAGCAGUUGAGAAAGUGAGGACAUAUAUGUGGUUUUGUUGUGGUGAACGUCGGCCUGUGUCUUGCACUUCAGGGUGGCUGGAACUUUAAGUUUUAUUUCUACAUAGAGAGAAACUUUUAAACCUAGAGUUUUGUUGAGAUUCGCGGUCUGAUUUGAGGCUUCAGAGACCACAAUGAUGCAAAUAAAUCUCACAUAAAUGAUUCCCCUUCUUUUACUCUAAAUAUGUGCCUUUGGUCUAGACAAACCCCAGUAGGCAGGUGUUAUUUAAGCUUGAACUCUUUUAUGACUAAAUAGGGAUAAACUUCUCAGAAAUGCCAUUUUUACUUUUUAUUUGUAUCCAGUAUAGCUGCAUUGUUGGGUGCACUUUCUGAUGGUCCAUUUUAGACUAACUAUUACUAACUUUGUAAUUACAUGUCAACUAAGAGUCAUUAGAGUAUUAGUAGACAGUUAGGACACAGUUAGGGUUAGUAGAAUUAGUUGACAUGUAGUUGACAAGUGAAGUCAGUAGAAUGUCCAUCAAAAUAAAGUGUUAGCAGAUGUUAAGCAGACUGACUACUAAUACUCUAAUGACUGCUAGUUGACAUGUAGUUACAAAGUUACUUAUAGUUAAAGUCUAAAGCGGACUGUCAAAAUAAAGUGUAACUUCAUUGCUUGGCAUCAGUUCAGUCCCUAGCACAACUUUCAAUGACAUUCAAAAUGUCUUGCAUUUUAUUUACAUUUUAUACCUGUGGUCUCUGAAACCAGACGUGUUGUUGUUGUUGUUGUUGUUGAUGUUGUUGUGUGUGUGUUUUUUUUUUUUUGUUUUUUGUUUUUUACAAUGUCUUUUGCAUAUUAUUGAAAUUCAUUGAAGUUUGAAAACUGAUACUUAUGGAAGCCCAUUUCUGCCACUAAAAAAAAAAAAAGUCACCAAAACUUUUUAUCUCACAAUUCUGACUUAUUUACUUAGAAUUAUGACAUAUAAACUCACAUUUGUGAAAAAGAACUCAGAGUUGUUGGAUAUGAAGUCGGAAUUGUGUUAUAAAAUCAGAAUUUCGAGAUGCAAACUUGCAAUUCUGAGAAAAAAAAAAUCAGAUGUGACAUGUGAGAUGAAAGUGUCACUUUUUUUAUUUAUUUAUUUUUUUUUUAAUUCAGUGGGAGUGGUUUCCACAGAUGUUUCAGUGAUGAGUUUGUCAUUGUUUACUCUCCUUCAUGUCGUUCUAGAAUUGUAUGACCUGACUUUCUUACGUGGAACACAAAAAAUGUUUCGCAUGAACAAACCAGAAAACAUUACAUAUCAUUACAUCCACUUGUCAGAGACAGUGUUAAUAGCAGUAUGAACUAAUAUCUGUGGACUAUCAGCUAACCUACCUAUAGUUAUUUUUUAUUUUUUAUUUUUAUUUUUUAAAUCUAAAGGUUAGCUUGAAAUAAAAUGAAAUGAAAUAAAAUAAAGAUAUCAGUUAGAUAAAUUAAAUAUCACUCUACAUAUGUGAUGAACAUCAGUUACGAUCUUUGGUGUCUCCUUUGAUGGCAUCUUGAGUAACAGCUCUAUAUUUAACAAACCACAAAGAAUUGAACUGGAAGCAACUGUUUUACAGAAUACAGAAGUUGUUAUUCAUAACCCAUGUUAACUUCUAUUGAAUGAACAAACUCUCUUGUGUUAUGCAGAAUAAAGCCAGUCAUACAGGUCUAGAACAACAUUACAGUAUUUAAAUGAUGACAGAAGUUUGAUUUCUUUGUUACCCUUAUGUUUAAAAAAAAAAAAAAAAAAAAAAUGAAGUUUUCAGCUGUGUUGGAACAUAAAAUGUGCCCGUCUUUAUAGAGGAAGUGGUGUUCUUGUAUUCUGUUUGUUUCUGAGGCUCAGGCAGCCACACCUUGUGGUUCACCACAUCCAUGUCAAUGGUGGAGAAUCUUGCUCUCUUGACCUUCAGCCACUGCUUGAAUGGUUAUCAAAACAGGAGCUGGAAAACACGCGAGGUGUGAACUCUGAUUACAUCUGUGCUGUGUGUGUUUCUGAUGCUUCCUUCACACCGUAUGCACAACGCCUGACUGACUUUUCCUGGUUUUUCUUGUUUUCUUCAAAUUUGAUUAUCACAUGGAAUGGGGUUUGACAGUGAACUCUCCAUAGAGACUUUGUUGCAACAUUUCUAGUAUUACACAAGGCGAAACAGAAAAUUGAGUCGUUUUACUGCUGCUGCAGUUUUUGUGAAUGUGUAAGUUACAGUGUGACUUCAUGGAGGUUGAGUACAAAAACAUAUAUAAAGUGGGUCGGAGUUACAGUAACCGUUAUUAUUUUAUCACUUUAAUAUGCCUCAUUUUAAUGUUAACAGUAAUAAAGGAAUAGAUGCUCAGAGGUUGCAUGUUUAUACUGGCAGUUUGGAGAUUAUGUGAGAGCCAGUUUCCUGUUGUUCCAGAAAGGAGGAAGUGCAUUUCUUGCAACAUUGUGCACAAUCAUAUGAAUCUAUAGUUGAUUGUAAGAUUGCACUAGUUGUUCUGUCGCUGCUUGCAGUGUCAUUUCACUGGAAUGGUUUGUCAAAGGCUUUUUCUUUGUUAUCAGUCUUUGCCAGUUUUUUUUUUUUUUUUUUUUUUCUUCCCUGAGCUGAAUGGUUUCUCUAUCAAAGCAUGAUCUGUGAUUUGCAUUUCACAAUACCAGAACGUGUGUGUGUGUGUACUUGUUUUUGCUACAUUGUGGGGACCAAAUGUCCCCACAAGGAUAGUAAAACCUGAAAUUUUUGACAUUGUGGGGACUGGCUUGAGGUCCCCAUGGGUACAAAAGCUUAUAAAUCAUACAGAAUGAGAUUUUUUUGAGAAAUUAAAAAUGCAGAAAGUUUUCUGUAAGGGUUAGGUUUAGGGGUAGGGUUAGAGUAAGGGGAUAGAAAAUACAGUGUGGACAGUAUACAAACCAUUGCGCCUAUGGAGAGUCCGCACAAAGAUAAUAAACCAGAAGUGUGUGUGUGUGUGCUCGUCAUGUGACCCACUGCCUCUGAUCCCAGCUCUGGGCAGGAAGGAAGGGUGGUUCCAGUUGAGACUUCCUGUCUUGCAGUGUGACUAAUAAGCUGUGCUCUUCUCUUAAAUCCUGUCUUCCUCCUGUCAUUGGAGAGAAACAGACCUUCCAUCCUCUGGUGUUCCUCUUUGCCAGCCUUAUCUUCUAUUCAGGCACUAUUGUGCUGUGUGUGUGAUGUGUCCAGGGGUCAGAGGUCACUGAUGGGUGCUGUUAGUGAUCACAUUGUGACGGUGCUGAUGUUUAGAGAGGAAACUUAAAGCUUAAGACUGAGAGCACCACUUAAACAUUAACAUGAAGGAAUUAAUCUAAAGUGCUAAUAGACCAUUUCGCUAGAUGUAAACAACACUGGUCUAGAAGCACUUCCUGUUUAUUUGUUUUUUAUUUUUUAUUUUAUUUCACAUAUACAAAUACAUCUUAAAGGUGCUAAUGUAACAUUUUCAUCCAGUCAAAUGUUAUGUUGGUUGUAUUUUUUUGUGAUGUUUGUGUAAAGUUAAAAAAAAAGAAACAGGAAGAGUAUCAGGACCAGUAUGUUUACAUCUGACGAAAUGGUCUAUAAAUGUAAACAAAUCAUUUUCUGUUUAAUAAAUAAUUAGAAAUUUAAAACUCAAUAAAAAAAAAAAAAUCCUAAUCAUUUCUUAGAGUUGGGCUGGUGCCAUUGGACAGUUCACUUGGGUACAGACAGUGAACUUUCAAAUACAUUUAAAAAAGGAAUUACGAAAGUUUAUGUUUGUCAAUUGUGCGUGUGAUUUUUAUUUUUUUUAUUUAUUAUUAUUAUUAUUAUUAUUAUUGAUAUAUUCCCUUAAUUUUAAGUAAAUAAUAAGUGGUAAUCAAAAAACUAUUCAUUUUCUUUACAUUUUCCUGUUUGUUUGUUUGUUUGUUUGUUUGUUUGUUUGUUUAUUUAUUUAUUUUUUUAUUUUUUUAUUUUUUUCUGAAAUUAAUGAAUGGCUAUCAUACACUUUUAACAUGAUUUACAGAUGCACGGUGUAUCAACAGAUUAUAUAUACCAAAAAAAGGAAGGGGAAAAAAAAUCCUUGUCAGACAUAGUUAGACCAAGAUUCAUUAAUGACAUUAAAAGACACUAUUUAAGGACCACAUUUCGACCCUUAAAUGCUCAUUAAAUGUCAUUUUUUUGUCUUUACUCAUCUUUUCCACAAUAUUUCAAAACACUAAGUUUUACCCAUUUUUUUUUUUUUCAAGCAAGUUUUUAAUCACUUAAAUCUUAAUUACAUUUAGUAUGAUUGAAAAUUAUUUAAAAAAUAAAAGUAGACACUUGCAUUUAAUAGGCAUUCUGUGUAUAUAAAAUCAUUUUUGUAGAUGUAAUUUGAUAUGGUCACCAAAGCCCUAUAUAUGUAUGUUUUUGUAUCUUUUAUUAAUAAACUUUUCAGUUAGAGGAGACACCAUUACUUGAAUAACCGCUAUUCAAAAUGUUCUUCAAAAUACUCAGUGCUCUUCAAAAUAAUUAUGGCAUGUCUUCCACAUUGUUUGUACACAAGAAUUAAUUAUUAAUAAUUUUUAUUUUAUUUUGCACCAGUAUAAUAAUAUAUGGUAAUACAUGUACAUUUAUUAAUUUAGCAGAUGCUUUUAUCCAAUGUGACCUACAUUUGAGGAAUACAAGAGGUGACUCAUCAUUAAUAGGGAAAAAACACAGGAAGUGCUCAUAGUACAAAGUUUCAGACAAUUUUUUAAGGAUUUUUUUUUUUCAAUCACUUUUUCAAAUUGAGUCUUUGUGUGUGUGUGUGCAGGUGGCAAACUUUGGAAAAGUAGCCAAGUCUUGUACUGCUCAGAUUAAGAAAUCUAUUUAAAAAAAAAAAAAUGCCCUAAUUUGUUCCAAAGGAUGCUUAAGGGUUAAAUUAGGAUUCAGUUGUCACUUGAAAAUUCUCAGGGAUUCACCAUUUCAUACCGGUCAUGCUGCUCCAUUCUACAUCAUUUGUAGAGAUUUUGACUGUGCAUAAUGUAAGUUCACCCAGAAGAGCGUUGCAGGAGUGCAGCCUAAAAAUGACAAGGGCCUGGACAAGACCUUGUGCAGCUUCAUUAGGAAGAACCUCUUUGAUGUUGUGAAAUGCAAACCUGCAUGAUUGAGCUAUCUUUCCAAUGUGGUCCUUGAAGUUCAGCUGGUCAUCACAGACUACUCCAGGAUUUUUGACUGAACUUGAUGGGGUUAUUGUUUAGGAAUCUAGCUGGAUGGUGUAGAGUCAAAGUGAGAGAGAAGACGAGAAGUGAGAUGUCCGCCAGGCAGCCUAAGAUCGGUACAGCUACUGUUGGAUUAUCUCAUUGAAAUGAAAGAUAGAGCUGUGUGUCAUCAGCAUACCAAUGGUAGGAGAAACUAUGUGCUUGUAUGAUGGGUCCCAGUGAUCUAGCGUACAUGGAGAUGAGGAGGAGCUCAAAAACGAAUCCCUGAGGAACCCCUGUGACCAGCUGAUGUGCUUUGGAUAUCUCCUCUCCCCAGGCAAUCCUGAAAGACCUACCAGUGAUGACGGGAGGGUGGACAGAAGAAUCUGAUAAUUCACAGUAUCAAAGUUGGCAGAGAGAUCCAGCAGAAUGAGAACUGAUGAUUUGGAAUUAGAUUUUGCAAUCCACAGGGCUUCAGUGACCAACCAACAGUUUCUGAAACCUGAUUGGUUAAUGUCCAGUUGGUUAUUUUGUGAAAUAAACAAUGAUACCUUGUUGAAAACAACUUGUUCUAGUGUUUACGCUAUGAAUGGAAGGAGAAAAACAGGUCUAUAACUAUCUACAAGUGAAGUGUUUGAUGUGGGUUUUUUAAGAAUUGGGGUUAUUUGGGAAAAUGCCUGUGAGAAGAAAUGUGUAGAUGAUGUGAUGUUAAAAGUGAUGUUAAUAGUAUAGGUGAGAUUGCUUGAAGAAGAUAUAAGGAGAUUGUGUCUAGAGGGCAGGUUGCAGAAUAGCUGGAGACGAUAAGUUUAGAUAUUUCUGCCUCAGUAAGGGGAGAGUUUUAGCAGUGGAUGAGGUUGGUUUGAGGAGAACCGACUGCUGAUGACUUUAGUUUCGUCUGUGAAGUAUUUAGCAAAAUCAUCAGCUGUUGAAGACGUGGUGGGGGUGGUGGAGGGGGAAAGAGGAGAGAAUUUAAUGUUUUGAAAAGAUUACGUGUGUCUGAAGCGUUGUUGAUCCUGUUGUGGAAAUAUGAAGAAUUAGCAAUAUGGACUUCAACCAAGAAAGAUUACAGCAAAGAAUAAUACGUACUCAGGUCCGAUGGGUCUUUUGAUUUGUGCAAUUUUCUCUCUACUGCCCUGUUAGGACUGAAGUUAAAGAAGAACAUCGGAUAACCAGGUGUUAGAAGGACUAGCACACACUGGCCUGAAGGAGAGAGGACAGAUAUUGUCUAGACAAAAAGUUGGAAGUGGAGCAUAAAGUGUCCGUUGCUAUAUUCACAUCCAGAAAUGAGGUGGGUGGGGAAAAAGAGGAUACUACAGAGGAAAGAUGGGAGGGUGAAAGAAAUAUUGUCUACAUUUACUAAAACAUCUUAGUCCAUUAACCAAAAAAAAAAAAAAAAGUCAAACAGGCAACAGUGAUUAUGGAAACAAUUAGAUUGCUAAUAUUUAAUCAGUGUUUUAAUUAGAGAAAUAAUUAAUUGACAUAGUUUCAUGGACAAGUUACAUAAAAUUAGUAAUUCGGUCAUCAUUUAUUCACACUGAAAUCAGUGUUUACUAAAAACUCUUCGCCUUCCAAUGUUCUUCAAACUAUCUUCUUUUAUGUUCCACUGAAAAAAAAAAAAAAAAAAUCGUAACGUUUUGUAUGAGUUUAGUUUUUAGCUUAGUUUAGUGUUUCUUCACAGCUGACUGACUGAAUCUUUGUUCUGAGAUGCAGUAAUUAAAUGUUUGGGAAUCAUCAGUAAAGCAGGAUGAGAUUGUGAGGUCAUUUAUUAGCAUUCAUGGUAUGACUAGUCUGCAUUUAUUUAUUUAUUUUCCUAAUGCCAGCCUUCUGAAGGCCCCCACAAUGAUUUUUGUUGUAUACUGCUUUUUUUAUCAGCAUCAAUUUCAAUGUUUUGACAGUAAAGUAACAGACUGAGAAGCCUUCGAAGCAUCUUGACACUAAGCACAGUAUAAAGUCUUCAUGUGCAGUGAAGUCGGCUGUGUGUGUUUGCAGACUCAUAUGUGUCCUAUUAAAGACUAAUAUACAGUCCAGAUAGUUUGGCAGUAUCAUCACAUCUCUCAUCUCAGUGCAUUUUUGUUUCUCAUUGCUAUUUUCAAACAGGAUGAUUUCAGAGCAGAAGUAGACAUUGAGUGAGCUGGUUGUGAACACUUGUUUAAAGGUGCAGUAUUUUAGUCAUUCUGGUGGUUUUGGACUCGUAGAAAUUGCAAACAACAUGAAUGUUGCAUUGUUUAAAAGCAAAACAUUUAAUUACCAUUGGCAUUAUAACAAUGCACUGUCAGAAAUUAAUUUGAUCCAAGUGAAAGUGUCCAAUAAUGAGAGAUUAUAGAGAUGAAGUGAUAUUCGUUAUGUGGUCAUGUGACCUUAAGGCUUUAUGUGAGUGUACAUGUUUUUAAAAAUGCUUUUCUAAAGUUGAAACCAUAUUUAUGAUGAAAAAUGAUUGCAGCAACCAAAAAAAAAAAAAAAGAACAGAUCAGACAACAUAACAGGUAUUUGGUCUGGUCACUCAUUAUUAAGAGCAUGAAUUUGAGAUUAUAUCCACCCCUCUUCAUAAGAAUCCUGUUCAGAGGGACAGAUCAUUUGAAAUGUCAUAAAUGUUAUAAAAUAAGUUGAGUUAGAGUAAAUCGAAAACUAACUAAAUAAAUACAUAUAAAUGAUACUUUAAGUAAAAAAAAGCAUGAACUGAAAUAAAAAACAUGUCUGCUUUCAUUUCAUAUUAAUGUUUUUAAUAUAAUGUACUAAAAUAGCUAAAACUAAAAUAAAAAUGAAUGGACGUAUCUUAAAAAUUCAUUUAAAAAAAUGACUAACAAAAUUUUUUUAACAAGAAUUUAAAUAAAAAAAAUAGAAAACAAAAAAUAAAGACUACUUCAAAUUGUUAAUAUAAACUAUUAGUAUUUCAACUGACAUGGCAUCCUUAAAAUGUUGUGUUCACAGCCUCUUUCUAAUAUGCUAAUAUGCUAAUAUGCUUAUUCGGCAUAUAAUCAGUUUCAUUUACUUUUAAUUUAUUUAUCUAUAUAUUUAUUUUGUAUUAUUUUAUUUAUUUAUUUAUUUAUUUAUUUAUUUUUUGACAACAGCAACCCUAUACUUUCUUCAGAAGUGGAAUUAAAUGCGAUUUUGUUCAUACUAUACCAAAUAGUGAAUAAAGGCAGGAAUGUUUCCUAGAUUUCAGUGAUAAUGAGAAAUCAAUCAAUUAUAUACCAUGUUAUGAUAUUCACACUGAGUUUGCCGGCUGCAUUCAUAGCCCUAUAAAAUGUCAAACCCAUGUUUUGCUUUUGCUUGACUGUAGUGUUUUUUUUUUGUUGUUUUUUUAAUUUCCUGAAUUUUGCUGCAGUUGUCGAAUAUGAUUGAUUUAUAGAUGUAUGAACAGUAUACACUCUUCUCAGUCUCUUAUGCUACAGAAAAGACAUCUAGCUAACAGCUGGGAAAAUAACUUCUUUUAAUGAACUUUCACACUUUACUAGAAGAUUUUUCAGUGACAUUACACUAAUGAGGCCUUCAUUAUGCCUGCUUGAAACACAUACUAACUAACCACUGCAUCUGCCUUCAUCUACUGUACUAAAGUAGAAUUAUUUUAAAAUAUGAAUUCAGUUUGGCCACAAGAUCUUCACCCUUCUGAUCGUAUUAUCCUAAGUCUAAUUGCUAUUAAUCUGAGCUAAUGACCUGCUCAGGGCUCAUUACAGCCCAGGAUUGACAGGUUUGAUUGACUGAGAGCAGGAUUUUUCCUGUUAUAUUGCAUAAGGUGAGUGAUGAACGGAAGAAAACGGGCCAUCUGAUGCUGAAUUCCAGCGGUUGUCUUGCUCUGCUCAUUGCUAUGGCAAUAAACUUCACACACUGUAUGUCUCAUCAUUAGCUUCACACGUUCACACACUGCACAUGAGCUAUUGAGUGAUAGAUAAAUGGCCGUAAUUAAUCAUUAAAGCUCUCUUUGGUGUAUUAAGGGUUUUUAUAUAAAGAAAAGGAAGAUUUUGUUGAGUGUGCUUGAAUAUAGAUAGAACAUGUAGAUUAAAGACGUGUGGAUUAAUGUUAUGAUCUGUAAAAGCUUCAGCAUCAUAAAUGCACUGGUACACGAAGAACAACAUCUGAAACAGCAGAAAUGACCACUUCCUUCAUAUCUCUUCUCUCUCUCUCUAUAUAUAUAUAUAUUGGGGGUGUAACAGUACACAGAUGUCACGGUUCGGUAUGUAUCUCGGUUCGAGGGUCACGGUUCGAUACAGAAAAAAACAAAAAACAAAUCUACUAUGCUAGGUUUCUUUUCAUUUAUUUCAAACAGACAGUAGUACAAAUUAUUUAAUUUAAUGAACUGAUAGACAAGGGGAAAAACAACUGUGCCACACGUAACAUAGGAUAUUUGCUAUUUGAGUUUCAGUUCAGUUUUGUGACAGAAAGGAAACUCAAAUGGCAGAAAGUGACAUUCUAUUUGUGUUUUGUUUAAGUUGAUUUUGCUGGUAUGAGGAAAGUUGAAGUAAUCGCGCCGGUGCACACAAACACAUAUCAGUUCCAGGCUUCUAGCAUUGCUAACUUGACAGUGCAGUUGGUACUUAAAACACAGUGAACCAAACAUCAGCCCAUCCGCCUCACUGUGUCACAGAUAGAACGCGACUGAAGCACAAAGUCUAUAAUUUAUAUAAUAAAUAAUAGUUUAUCAUUUGGAUGCAUCGCAAAUAUGGAAAUAUUACAGAAUAUUUGGAUUUGUGCCGAAUGAGAGAGGUAGGAUACAAGAGCACAAAGCUCAAUUUUGCAGACAGUUGAGUGCGCAUGCCUUUAAAGUAACGUUAUACACUUUUGUCAGUGAGAGACACAUUCAGAAUCAGCACAUGAUCACUGUGGGCUUUGUUUUCAAAUGCACAACUCCUGGCAUUCGCUGUUACUGGCAGUUAUCAAACAGAGUUGCAUUACUGCGGGCGCCCCCUUCUGGAUUGCGCGUGAAUUGCCUGUAUUCGUUGUAAGGCCUCAUGCAUCGAACCGAGAUGACCGUACCAUGACGGUUCGAAUACAUAUAUGUAUAUAUAUAUAUAUAUACACGCACACACAUGCAUGCAUACAUACGUAUAAAUGCAUAUAUAGAUCACACUAAAGGUGCUCCAAUUGAUCGGCUACCGAUCAUUAUCGGCCGAUAAUCGCUUUGGGAUGUUUGAUCGGCGGUCUCUCAAAAGGCCGAUCUCAGAACCCGAUCUAAAGCUGAUGACGUUUGGGACGACAUGCAGCGGCACCCUCUCAGUCUCUGUUCGGCGCUAUUAAAACAAUUAUAAUGCUGAAGAUGAGGCUUAAAUAGCUUAUUAAAAGUAGUUUGAAAACGGUAUGUGAGACGUAAUUUCACAAAUAGCACGAGUGAAUGACAAAUGGCUUCCUAUCACCACAUUGCGACUAUAAGCAAGCUGCACAGUUGACACAGGAAUUGUUACUUGCACAAUAGAAUCCGUGCUUCGUCGUCGCUUUAUAAAUUGCAUCUCUUUUUAAUUCCUUCCAGUGUUUAACCAUUCAGGACUCGCGUGCUCUCCUACAGAGACUGGGUGCUCAUGCACACUCGAAGGGUACACACCCCAGCCAACAUGUAUAUGUGGGCCCCACAUGGUUUCUGCUGGGUCUACAUGGGUACCAAGUGGGCAUGGUCCCAAAAUAGGCAUCUUAUCUGGGGCCCACUUGGGUCAGCUAAGUAGGUCCCACAUGGGCAAAAACAGAUGGGCUCCCUAUGUGGGACCUAGUUGGGUCACAAAUGGGAAAUGAGUGCUUGGGCUCGAAAUGGGCAACACAAAUGGGGCCCAUAUGGGUUUAACAAAUGGGUUAGACAUGGGCAAACACAAUUAAUCCCAUAUAGGCUGCCUACACUGGCCCAAGGUAGUGCCCACAUAGGCCACCUCUAUAUGGGCUCAGAAUGGGGAAACACAUAUGGGGCCCUCUUGGUCAAACCAUAUGGGUCAAAUAUGGGCAAACACAAUCAGUCCCAAUAGGCUACUUACACUGGCCCAAGGCGGUACCCACAAAGGCUACCUCUAUAUGGGUUCUGAAUGGGGAAACACAUAUGGGGCCCUCUUGGUCAAACCAUAUGGGUAAAAAAUAAGCAAACACAAUCAGUCUCAUAUAGGCUGCCUACAUGGGCCCAAGGUAGUACCCACAAAGGCUACCUCUAUAUGGGUUCUGAACGGGGAAACACAUAUGGGGCCCUCUUGCUCAAACCAUAUGGGUAAAACAUGGGCAAACACAAUUAGUCUCAUAUAGGCUGCCUACAUGGGCCCAAGGUAGUACCCACAAAGGCUACCUCUAUAUGGGUUCUGAACGGGGAAACACAUAUGGGGCGCUCUUGCUCAAACCAUAUGGGUAAAACAUGGGCAAACACAAUCAAUCCCAUAUGGGCUGCCUACAUGGGCCCAAGGUAGUACCCACAUAAGUAAUCUUUGUAUGGGUUCUGAACAGUGAAAGACGUGUAGGGCCCUCUUGCCAAACUAUAUGGGUCAGACAUGGGCAUACACAAUCAGUCCUUUAUAGGUUGGCUACAUGGGCUCAAGGUAGUACCCACAUGGGUAAUCACUGUAUGGGUUGUGAAUGGGGAAAUACAUAUGGGGUAGUGAUCUUCCCAUCACUAAUAUGUGGUAGGGUGACCAAACGUGCCGCUUUCUGGGGACAUAUUCUGCACAGGAUUUCUAUAUUGCUUAAAUUAACCAGGUUGGUUGCUUGUGCUGCGGCAAUGGAUCAUUGCAUGACAACAAAGUACCGCGAGUGUCACGAAUCUGGUCUGUGUCCCGCUGUCCACCAACCACCAGAUGUCACUCUCGCAUCACUUACGCACUCUGACUGUCACUAUACGUCUCGGACUGCAUCUCCCAUCCUCCACCGCUCUUAUUGCGUCAGUCCCCGUGACCAAUCAGGCGCCCUAUAAAAACCCCGCUCCUUUUUAGUGCACUUCACGGUUGGUUGUAUUUUCCUGUUGUUGUUCUUAUUAGCGUUUCCUAGUUUCCUCGUUCCUGGUUUUGUUCUCUCGCCUGGUUUCUCGUUUGGACUGUCUAGCCGCCUGCCUUUUGGACUAUUGCUCACGUUUUUUGGAUUACUCUCUCCCACUGCCUUUGAUAUUCCUGUCUGCUCCCGUCUCGACCCAGCCUGUACGACCAUGUCUUUGUCUCGCGUUUUAAAUAAAAGCUUGCAUAUGGAUCCGCUCGCCUCUCGUCUCGUUCACUUCGUUACAGAACCAACCGUCACUACAGGAUCCAGCAGCUUUUCACCCGGACAAUCUUUCGACAUGGACACAGACCUGAUCUUAGCAAGGAUCAAGCAAGGACAACGUACACUCGAACAAUACAUCCGUGAGUUUUUGGCCAUUACUAACUACUCUACCCUCCCGGACUGCAUUAUUAUUGAACUGUUUGCUGAUGGCGUCAAUGAGCCACUAAGAGCGAGGCUGAGACGCGAGGGUCCGCGCUCUUCGCUAGUGGCUUUUAUGAACUUUGCGUUUUUGUGUGUGGGCUCGUCGUGUACUGUGGGGGUCGCGAAGGAGGUACGCGACAACGCAGACAGAUCAGCCGCGCAACCCUCUCGCAGAUUGGCGGUAACGCCGGAUCACGACGCCACAAACAGGUUUUCUGCCUGGAUCGCUCGUGAAAUGGCGGCCGUAACCGAGCGUGCUCGAGCGAUGGCGGCGUCAGCACAGCCCGCGCACAAGAUGGCGGCCGCGACGGAGCGCGUUAACGCGAUAGCGGCGACAGCGGUGCCCGUUCACAAAAUGGCGGCCGCGUCGGAGCGCGUCCACACAAGGGCGGCGACGGCGGAGCCCGUACACAAGAUGGCGGCGAGAACAGAGCUCUGUCACGUCACAGCCGCCAUACAAGAGCCAUUUAAAGUUGCAGUUACAUUUCCUGAGUCAAGUCAAGUUUCCAAUUUAAGUCAAUUUACAGCUGCAUUUCCCGAGUUAAGUCAAGUCUCCAAGUCAAGCAAGAUUACAGCUCCUGUUUCUACAUCAAGUCAAGUCAGAGCUGCUCCUCCUAAGGCAAGUCAAGUUACAGCCAUCUUUCCUGAGCCACUGCACAAGAUGGCUGCCCCGCCAGAGCCACUGCACAAGAUGGCUGCCACGCCAGAGUCUGUCGCAAGGAUGGCCGCUAAGCCAGCGCCCGCUAACGCCACGUCUGUCAAGCCAGCGCCCGCUAACGCCACGUCAGCCAAACCACAGCCUGCUCAGGACAUCUCCGUCAAGCCACAGCCUGUUCACGUCAUGUUUUCUGCUCCUGGUUCUACACCCCUCAUGGCCGCACUUCCUGAAGUGGUUCCUGAGUCAAGCAAAGUCACAGUCCUGGUCCCUGAGUCGAGUUACGUCCUGCCUGAAGGCCCCGAGCCUCGCCAGGUCUCAUUCGACAUUUCAAGAUCACAGCCUAUCAUGAUGGCCCACGUGCUGGACACUCCUCUAGUGACUGUAAGGGCGGCUAAAAUGGUGCUCCUUAAUGCCACAGCGGCUACCCCGAAUCAAGUCAAGACACAGAGUCAAGCCAGGAGCCAAGUCCCGUUACAACGGAUCUCCAUGAACCAGGCCAAGCUGCUGCUGUCGUUCCAGAGCCAAGUCAAGCUUCAGCCGCUGCUCCAGAGUCAAGUGAGGCUACGGCUGUAG